UGUUUACGCCAGAAACGUCACGACGCCUCGUUCUCACUGCGCAUGCGCGUCUCUUCAACGGAAAUUUGAAGUUGUUUUGAUUCCGCAUUAUUAUAAUGCAGAAUUUGAGAUGCCAGGCUUCGAGCUGGAGCAGGUGGACGGUGGCAGUCCUAUAGAGCUGCCCUAUGGAGAAACUGUUCUGGGGAGAGGACUAUUUCUAGGGGUGAAUGAUAAGAGAGUGUCCAGGAACCACGGCAUCCUUGAGAACCAGAAUGGUCAGCUGCGUCUGAAGCCUACACACCUGAACCCAUGUUUUAUUCAGACGAACAUUGUGGCUUCCCCUCAGCCGCUGGAGAAGGACCAGUGGCAUUGCCUAAAGGAGGGCGACAUCUUUUCUCUCAUGCCUGGGAAAUACAUUUACAGAGUGCGUGUCAAAGACGAUGAUCAAACCCCCAGAAACAGUCAGGCAUUUGAGGAGGAGGUGCAAAAGUGUUCGAAUGGACCAGCAGCACUCGCUCUAGACUCGGCCACACUUGAAGCCAACAGCUACAUGCCCACGAGCCCAAGCACCACACUCACAGAAGAUAAAGGAGCCGGUGAUCCUUCACACACUCUUUCCUCUCCAAAUGAGGCAGCCGCGAAGAGCCAACAGGAUGAGUCUGAUCUGCCACAGAAGAAGCGUAUGUUGCCGGCCUGGAUGAUGACCUCAGCCAAAGGCGAGAGCUCAGCGGUGAAGGCGACUCCUACAAAACCCAAACAAGGAGCUACAUCCAAGAGGGCAACUGGACCCAAACGGGCUCGUGCCGCACAGGUGUCAUCUGAGGAAGAGAAGGUGGAGGAAGAGAUGCCCAAAAGGAAAGCAGAGAGACUGAAGAGUGACUCUGGAGACGAGUCUGCGCCUCUGGAUGAUGCACCCACUCUCAAGAGCAGCAGAGUCGGGUCAGUCCCGGAUGGAGAGAAGAGCACCGGUGUGAUGGAGUGUGAUGAUGGGGAGAGAAGAGGAGCUGAGGUCAGACAAGGAGCUCACGCUGUAGACUCAAAGACACAUGAAGAAGAUGCCAGUGAUUCUCAGGUCAGCCAGGGACGGCCGCAGAUCAGCUCGAAAAAUCCGGUCCACUUUCAGGAGUGCAGUCACCCUGGAGACAGCGACUAUGAGGAAGAGGAGGCAGAGGAUGCUGACAGUGACAGGCCGGACUGUCCGUAUGGCACCCACUGCUACAGGAAGAAUCUACUUCACAAGAAAGAGUACAAACACACUAAAUCACCACCCAAGACCGCUGCUGCUGAGGAUGAUGAUCACUAUGAAAACAGUUUUAUUAAUGAUGAGAGUGAGGCGGAGGAGGUGGAUGAAGACUCGGACUAUGUGCCCAAAUCAGACGACCGUGGCAAAGAGGACAUUAAAUGCCUGCAGAAAGAAGCGAAAGCAUUCGUCAGGAGGACGAAGUGACUUCCUUUUAGGGUAUUUUCCAUGAAAACAGCUUCUUGACACUAAUCUCACAACGACUAUGAAAGAUCUCACACUCUCCAAGGAGGCAUUUUAUUAAGUCUUAGAUUAUUUUCAUGACCUUUUACCUUCAUAUUCUAAGGAAUAGUUGUAUAUAUGUAUAUAUUUAGCACAAAUCAUAUAGAGUACUUUAUCAUACUUUAUAGUUCAUUUUCUCUUUUAUUUUUUUGGAGU